ACCGCAGCCAGGAAACAGCUCGAAUGUUUUCAGUUUAAACUCCACUAGACAGUCAGCUGCGAUACAGCUUGUAGAGCAAAUGGGGAUAAUAAUUUGUGCUGUUUUUCUUUUCACCUGCUUACUGGGUACCAGUUUGCAGGCAGAAAAUUUCGAAGGACUUAGUGGGGCCCUGUGCUCCGGUGGCCUCGGGCUGUGGCCGGUGCCCGCGGACUGCAGAGGCUUCGUCCUCUGUGUGGCCGACGCUGCGUCCUCCAAUGCGACCGCAGCCCGCCUGCUACGCUGCCCGCCUCGCACCGCCUUCUCUGCACAGCUGCGGACCUGCGUACCUGCCUCAGAGGUAGCGGGCUGUGCAGAGCAAGCUGAUGAGAACAACACCGGUCCCGUCCACAUUCAUGUCCCUUCAAGGCAGCGUCGUGCUGAAGGAGUAGACCUGGCUGGCGCAGAGGAAGACUGUGAUGCUGGAAUUGUGGGACCAAUCUGUGCUGACUGCAGCCGGCUGGUAAUCUGCGCACAACUCAAUGGCCGCAUCAUCCCUGUUGGCAGUGUAUCCUGCACCUCUUUAGGAAGCGGAAAUACCUGUUCUACCGAGCAAAAUAGUUGCGUGCCAGAUGGUUCAGCAUGCGAUGUGGGUCCACCACCACAGCCAUUCCGCUGCCUGGAACCUGGCAUCUUCCCAGAUCCUGAGGACUGCAUACACUACCACCUGUGUGGCACUGAUCUUGGACACAUCUCUGAUAAAUGUGAUGAGCACUAUGACCCGGAGAGCAAGAGCUGCACGGACAGUCCUACGACUAAAGAACCAACCUCUCCUACCUCUUGCGGAGCAGCUGUGGACUGCAGCAGCAAACUGGGCGCAGUGCACGCACUGGCCCACGCACCUGCCUACUAUGCAGUCUGCUUGCCUUCAUUAGCACCUGCCAAGGACGGCACAAAGCCUGAGAUAACCAAUCACAUAUCAGUUCUGAGCUGCCCAGAGGGACAGCUCUUCGAUGAUAAACUCAAGAAGUGUAGACCCAGGUACAUGUGGUCAUUGAGCUGUGGGAGCCGUCGUGGUCGGAUGCCUGUGGAGGGUGACUGCCGAGCUUACAUCGAGUGCACUGGUGAUCGCGCACAACCCCGUCGCCUGAUGUGUGGACCAGGACUUGCCUUCCACGCUGUUCGCCACAUGUGUCUGCCUGAGUCUCAAGUGCCAGGCUGUUCUCAACAGGAGAGCAUCACAAGCCCUCCUCAUGUAAACUCUCCAGCUACCACAGCAACUUCACAAAUGAAACAGGCUGCACCAUCUCCAGUCCAAGAAGCAUCAGUGACACCAGCUAUCACCAACACUCAGGCGCCACAGCAUCCAUUCUGCAUCACUGAGGGCCGUUUUAUAGACCAUUCAAAUUGCAGGAGGUAUGUGCACUGCUGGCGGGCCUGGGGUGGAGCUCUGACUAUGGCUUUGAGGUGGUGCCCACUGUUCACAUACUUUGAUCCAACAACCUCAGCCUGCCAUAUUGGCUUUUGCUGAGAGAUGCUUUGUAACUUCUGUAUUUUAUUACACUGACAGCACCAAAGGAGAACACAUUUGAUACUUUGUUGGAUAUAAAAAUAAUCACCAAAAAACAAAAAUGUAACAAUUUAAAAUCUAUAGGCAACAAUAUCUUAUGUAUCACUGUAAAAAUGACACAACAAAAUUAAAAUGUGUCUCAUAAUGAGGUACUGUGUACAGUA